AUGCUAAUAUUAGGAGAUAGUCUACUCAAUCAUUUAGACGUGUCAUCCCUGUCUGUUCAACAGAAUAUCCCUAUUACAAUUGAAUCGAUUAGUGGAUGUACAAUUAAUAAUUUGAUUAAUUUACUUUCAAUUAAACAAUUUAUUGAUGUUUUAGAAUUGCAUUCGUCAUUAGUUGUAGUAAUUGGCACAAAUAAUAUUUCAACAGAAAAUUGUCAUUUGGCUAUAACAAAAGUAAGAAAAUUUAUACAUUUAUUAUGUCAGAGGCAUCCAAACAUUCAUUUAACUUUUGUUAAAAUACCUUAUCGUACCAAAAACAGUGUUUGGAGAAGGGCUUACGGUGACAACGGAGGAAAAAACGUAGAAAACCGAGUGAAAUUUUUUAAUAAAAAAUUAGAACUGCUAAAUACUAAACUAUCUUCAAAAAUUAAAUUUGAUUUAAUUGAAUUUAAAUUUACGAAACAUGAACAUUUACAUCGUGAUGGUUUACAUCCAAAUAGAAGUGGUACUUCAUUAAUUGCUCAUACUCUAAGCAAAUAUAUAAAUGAGAAGAAAUAA